AUGGAGAUUUCUUCCCAUCAGUUUCAUCUCCUGCAACAAUUAAACGAACAGCGCAGGCAAGACUUAUUUUGUGACUGCAGCAUUUUGGUUGAGGGGAAGGUCUUCAAAGCCCACCGGAAUGUGCUGUUUGCCAGUAGUGGCUACUUCAAAAUGCUCCUUUCACAGUGCUCAAAGGAAACCAGUCAACCAACAACCGCAACUUUCCAGGCAUUUUCUCCCGAAACAUUUUCCGUGAUCCUGGAUUUUGUGUAUUCAGGCAAACUCUCCCUCACUGGCCAGAAUGUGAUUGAGGUCAUGUCAGCUGCCAGCUAUCUGCAAAUGACUGACGUUAUUAGUGUUUGCAAGACAUUCAUUAAAUCCUCCUUGGACAUCAGCGAGAAGGAAAAAGAUCGCUAUUUUAGUCUCUCGGACAAGGAAGUGAACUCGAAUGGUGUGGAGCGUUUAUGCCUGUAUGGGACUGGGUGGAGAACGGAGAGCAGUCCCCCUCAUUCGCACUUAAGCCCAGAUCAAGGGACAUGUAUAGUGGGUGGAAAUUCUUGGACCAAUUUCAAUUAUUACCCAGCCACUCAGAGAAAUGCCCAACAGCUGUCCAAGCAUGACCAAAGGCAAGAACCCAUGAAGAAAACCAGUAGACAUAUAGGGCUGCCACAACCCUCCGAUGUCCCUCACUAUAAGGCAAGUAAACUUGAAGAGCGAGUUCCAGAGCCUAUAAGCCACACUUCUCCAUCUGAAGAGGACGUCCAAAUUGAUUCAGAAGGUGACUCUGGCCAUUCCAGCUACCAGUACGGCCAGGGAUCCGACACCGUCCCCAGAGGCUCGGCUGUGUCACAGCAAGAGCAUGAUUCUCCACACCCUGCUGGCAAGUCAAAAUCUUCCAAAGGGGACGAGCCAUACCCUAGCAUGCCCUCGGUAUUGGGUGUGAUGGGGAACUGGGCGGAUGAUGAUCUGCCUAGGAUGAGGUUCAAAUGCCCCUUCUGCACUCACGUGGUAAAGCGGAAAGCAGACCUGAAGCGCCACCUUCGCUGCCAUACGGGAGAACGGCCGUAUCCGUGUGAAGCAUGUGGAAAGAGAUUCAGCAGGCUGGAUCACCUGAGCAGCCAUUUCCGAACAAUCCAUCAAGCUUGCAAGCCCAUCUGCAGAAAAUGCAAGCGUCACGUGACUGAGAUGACGGGGCAAGUGGUCCAAGAAGGGACGAGGCGCUACAGACUUUGCAAUGAGUGCCUCUCCGAAGCUGGCAUAGACAGCAUCCGCAUUGAUUUGGACACUGAGCCACCACCUGAGUUCCCGCUAGAAGAGGACAAGGAUUCUAACUGGAAUUACGGUGAAGACAACAGAUCCGAUGUGGAAAUUGUAGAGGACGGGUCUACCGAUUUGGUCAUCCAGCAAGUGGACGAUAGCGAUGAUGAAGCUGAGGAAAAAGAUAUAAAACCAAACAUUAGGUAGUUAUGAAUGGACUGGAUGUUAAAUAAAAGUUCCCCCUUUACGUUGUCAUUCCUUUGUUUUGACCAUUGACUCCCAACCAGCCUGUGGUUAACAUACAAUCUAUUAUAUAGGCUUUCUAUGACUUGGGCUAAACUUGCAUGCAUUUAUGGACAUGCCAUUGUGUCUAUAUUGAAUUUAGUUACUCAAGGGUAUCAAUAUUUUGUUCCAUAAGCAAGCAUCCAUCCUGAGAUGGCACCAUGUAUGAACAAUUACCUGCUGAAGUGCGACAGUGAUAACUUUUGAUAGAAUAAAAUGGAUCUCUUCUCAAACCUUUUUCAAUGUUGGGGAGCACUUCAAAAUAAAGUUAACAGCUUCAUUGUAAGUUACUCUAUUAAAGCUUUUGACAGCG